AUGUACAAAGGGGCAACAAAAUUUAAUAACAUAGCCCUAGCAUUUGAUGCUCGAUUUCCUCGUCAGCUGGGCGAAUCACUACAUACGGCUAUGGAGGCCGAAACAGUUUUGAAUAAACGGCAGGAAAAAGCAAAUACGAUGGGGCGUUGCCUCAUGGAUAUGAAUGAAUCGUUGCAGGUCCGCAAUGGAACAUCUCCGCAGGGGAACUGGAGAGAAGCUCUAGAAUGGAGGAGUUAUGACGACGGCGACUCCCGUAAGUGUUUAAAUCCUCCGGAUCAAAUAGAGGCAUUUCUUGAGAAUGCCGGUGGUGGGAGACCUUGGGCGGCAGAUGACACCGAUCUGACGCAGGCGGAUUUGGCAGCACACGAAAUUCAUAUGGGGAAUGCUGAACUAGUAAGACAGGCGCAGAGACCCAUUCCGCUAGCACUGAGGACGCAAGUAUUAGCUAUGUUGCAAGAAUACUUAGAGAAGUAA